AUGUCCCAGCCAUGGGACUAUAUUGCUAAGCUCGUUUGCAUCGGCGAUUCUGGCACCGGCAAGUCCAGUCUCACUAUCCGCCUCUGUGAAGGUCGCUUCUCCCCGUCGCACGAUGUCACUAUCGGGGUUGAAUUUGGGUCCAGGAUUGUGCCAGUAGGUCCACCUGCCUCUCUGGAACUAGGUGUUGAUGAACUUUUGCGCGACGCGUCCAGUCCUGGCGGCGAUCCAUCUGCAUCGGAGUCCAUGGCCUCGGGUCUACCCAGCCCGCCACGGAAGCCUGAGCCUUCCUCUCCGCAAAAGCGGAUGAAACUGUCGCUGUGGGAUACUGCUGGCCAGGAGACGUACAAGUCCAUCACUCGAUCUUACUUCCGUGGUGCAUCCGGAGCUCUCCUUGUUUUCGAUAUUUCAAGACGCUCAACGUUCAUCUCCUGCACCCAGUGGCUUCAAGAUCUACGUCUGAUCGCAGAAGAGGGGAUCGUGGUCAUUUUGGUGGGGAACAAGACCGACUUAGCUGGACAGGAAUCCGGUUCAAACCAAAGACAGAUAACACAGCAGGAGGCAGAGGAUUGGUGUCGAACGAACAAUAUCGUCCGCUAUGUCGAGACUAGUGCCAAGUCCGGAGAUGGGGUGGAACGGGCCUUUUUGGAGGUCGCGGAGCGAAUCUACCGUAAUAUUGAAGCUGGCCGAUAUGACCUUAACGAUCGUCGCAGCGGGGUGAAAGGAUUUGGUGCCUCGGGUGGAGGUAACACCGGGAUACCGAAAACCAUUACCUUGGGCAUGGAUGAUGCAAUGCGCAAAGGCUGGAGCGGGAGUUGUUGCUAA